CAUCCUACAAAAAUUGUGUGACGCUGGACUUUUAUUUUCCUCAUUAAAGGUGAGACAUGUCUUUCCAUUCCGGGCGAGGAUGUCCUCGUGGUCAGGGGGGACCAGGAGCAAGGACUUCAACACAGACCUACCGCCCUCAGAACCUACGGCAGCUUCACCCACAACAGCCCUCUGUACAAUACCAGUAUGACCAGCAAACUGCCCCUCCAACAACCUAUUCAAACCCUCCAACCACCGGUUAUAUGCCUCCCAGGCCAGACUUUGUGCCCUAUCCUCCUCCAGUGCCCCCUUCUGCACAAAAUCCCAUCAGCCAGUGUCCCAUGAGGCCACCGUUUCCGAACCACCAGAUGAGGCAGAGCUUCCCGGUGCCUCCGUGCUUCCCUCCUGCUCCCCCGCCCGUGCCAAAUCCUAGCAAUGCUCCUGUGCCAGGAACUCCUGCUGGGCAAAGCACCUUUCCUUACAUGAUGCCUCCUCCCACAGUACCGCAUCCUCCUCCCCCACCAGUCAUACCACAGCAAGUCAACUACCAGCCUGUGUACUCUGCAGGGUAUUCGCAGCAAUCGUUCCCACCACCUAACUUCAAUAGCUAUCAGCACAACUCUGGCUCCUUUCCGAGCAGCGCUACCAACAGCAGUGGUGGCAGCAGCCAUUUUCGGCAUGCGGGUCAGUACCAGGGAGAGAAGUCGCAAAGUGAUCGACGGUCUCCAGAGCGGAGCAAGCACUAUGAUGAGCACCGACAUCGUGAACAUGGUCACAUUCAUGGUGACAGGCAUCGGUCCACUAACCAUGGGGAUCGUCGGGAUCGAGGCCGGAGUCUGGAUAGGAGGAGGCAGGAAAGCAGUCGGCACCGGACAGAUUAUGACAGAGGAAGGGUAUCGCCUCAUCACAGAAGUUAUGAGCGUAACAGCUCGGGAGGUAGCCAGUACUCAGGUCUGAUGGAAAGAGCUACUGUUUUGACAUCUUUCAGGGAGCGGGAGAGGGAGAGGCAUAGGCACCGUGACAGCAGAAGAUCACCAUCACCAGACAGAUCCUACAAAAAAGAUUACAAGAGAACGGGAAGUCGGUCUCCAAGCAGAGAGAGAAAGAGACCCCGAUGGGAGGAGGACAGGGAAAGGUGGUCUGAGAACCAGAGCUCCAACAAAGAGAAAAAUUAUACUGCUAUCAAAGACAAAGAAUCAGAGGAGAAUGCAUCUGAAAAAAACGAAGAGGAAGAUGAGGAAUUACUUAAGCCAGUCUGGGUUCGCUGUACCCAUUCUGAAAGCUAUUAUUCCAAUGAUCCUAUGGAUCAAGUGGGGGACUCUACUGUGGUAGGAACAAGCAAGCUCCGAGAUCUGUAUGAAAAGUUUGAUGAGGAGUUAGGAAAGCGACAGGCAAAGGCCAAAGCAGCCAGGCCGCCAUGGGAACCACCAAAGACCAAGCUGGAUGAAGAUUUAGAGAGCUCCAGUGACUCAGACUGUGACUCUGAAGAUGACAGCAGCUGCUCUAGCAGUUCAGAUUCUGAAGUUUUUGACGUCAUUGCAGAAAUUAAGCGUAAAAAAGCACACCCUGAUCGUCUCCAUGAAGAACUGUGGUACAAUGAUCCAGGACAGAUGAAUGAUGGACCUUUGUGCAAGUGCAGUGCUAAAGCCCGACGAACAGGAAUAAGACAUGGCAUUUAUCCUGGUGAAGAGCCCAUUAAACCAUGUCGCCCCAUGACCAACAAUGCUGGAAGACUAUACCACUAUCGAAUUACUGUGUCGCCUCCCACAAACUUCUUAACAGACAGACCUACUGUUAUUGAGUAUGAUGACCAUGAAUAUAUCUUUGAAGGGUUCUCAAUGUUUGCACACGCCCCACUAACAAACAUUCCUCUAUGUAAAGUAAUCAGAUUUAACAUUGACUAUACAAUUCAUUUCAUUGAGGAGAUGAUGCCUGAGAAUUUUUGUGUGAGAGGUCUUGAGCUGUUCUCUUCAUAUCUAUUCAAAGAUAUUUUGGAGCUCUAUGACUGGAAUCUUAAAGGUCCUUCACUUGAAAACGAUUCUAUUUGCUGCCCCAGAUUUCACUUCAUGCCACGAUUUGUGAGAUUUCUUCCAGAUGGAGGAAAAGAAGUACUCUCAAUGCAUCAGAUUCUUCUCUACUUGUUACGAUGCAAUAAAGCUCUGGUUCCUGAAGAAGAGAUUGCUAACAUGCUUCAGUGGGAAGAACUGGAAUGGCAGAAAUAUGCAGAAGAAUGUAAAGGGAUGAUCGUUACCAGCCCUGGCAUGAAACCCAGCUCAGUUCGUAUUGAUCAACUGGACCGGGAACAGUUCAAUCCUGAUGUAAUUACUUUCCCCAUUAUUGUCCACUUCGGGAUACGACCUGCUCAACUCAGUUAUGCUGGAGAUCCUCAAUACCAAAAGCUGUGGAAGAGUUACGUGAAGCUGCGUCACCUGCUGGCUAAUAGUCCCAAAGUCAAACAGGCUGAUAAACAGAAAUUAUCACAAAGAGAGGAAGCACUGCAGAAAAUUCGUCAGAAGAACACAAUGAGACGUGAAGUGACCGUCGAGUUGAGUAGCCAGGGAUUCUGGAAAACAGGGAUACGCUCUGAUGUCUGCCAGCAUGCAAUGAUGCUUCCUGUCCUCACCCACCAUGUCCGCUACCAUCAGUGUCUGAUGCAUUUGGACAAAUUGAUAGGCUACACUUUUCGAGAUAGGUGCUUGCUGCAGCUUGCCAUGACUCAUCCAAGCCAUCACUUAAACUUUGGAAUGAAUCCUGAUCAUGCCAGAAAUUCCUUAUCCAACUGUGGGAUUCGACAGCCAAAGUAUGGAGAUAGAAAAGUUCACCAUAUGCACAUGAGAAAAAAAGGGAUAAACACCCUGAUAAAUAUUAUGUCCCGUUUAGGACAGGAUGAUCCAGCUCCUUCCAGGAUUAACCACAACGAGCGUUUAGAAUUUCUGGGAGAUGCUGUGGUGGAGUUCUUAACAAGUGUCCACUUGUACUACCUGUUUCCCACUCUGGAGGAAGGAGGAUUAGCUACAUACCGCACUGCCAUCGUACAGAACCAACACCUGGCCAUGUUGGCUAAGAAGCUGGAACUAGAUCGAUUUAUGCUUUAUGCUCAUGGUCCAGACCUUUGCAGGGAAUCGGAUCUCCGCCAUGCCAUGGCCAACUGCUUUGAAGCCCUAAUAGGAGCUGUUUAUCUAGAGGGGAGCCUAGAAGAAGCAAAACAAUUAUUCGGACGUUUACUCUUCAAUGACAAGGACCUGCGGGAUGUAUGGCUUAAUUAUCCACUACACCCACUCCAACUGCAGGAGUCCAAUACUGAUAGGCAGCUCAUCGAGACCUCUCCAGUUCUUCAAAAGCUUACAGAGUUUGAGGAUGCAAUUGGAGUCAUCUUUACUCAUGUUCGGCUUCUAGCACGUGCGUUCACUCUGAGGACAGUAGGCUUUAACCAUCUGACUCUAGGCCAUAACCAGAGGAUGGAAUUCCUGGGUGACUCCAUAAUGCAGUUGGUAGCCACAGAGUAUUUAUUCAUACAUUUCCCUGAUCAUCAUGAAGGGCACUUAACGCUGUUGAGAAGUUCUUUGGUGAACAACAGGACGCAGGCCAAAGUGGCAGAAGAGCUGGGUAUGCAAGAAUUUGCCAUCACUAAUGACAAGACAAAAAGACCUGUAGCUCUUCGAACUAAGACUUUGGCUGAUCUCUUGGAAUCCUUUAUUGCUGCCCUGUACAUUGAUAAAGAUUUGGAAUACGUUCACACUUUCAUGAACGUAUGCUUUUUUCCACGGCUAAAGGAGUUUAUUUUAAAUCAAGAUUGGAACGAUCCUAAAUCUCAGCUUCAGCAGUGCUGCUUGACUCUCAGGACAGAAGGAAAAGAGCCAGACAUUCCUCUUUACAAGACUUUGCAGACAGUGGGACCGUCUCAUGCCAGGACAUACACAGUAGCUGUUUACUUCAAAGGGGAACGAAUAGGAUGUGGUAAAGGCCCAAGUAUUCAGCAAGCAGAAAUGGGAGCUGCAAUGGACGCACUUGAAAAAUAUAACUUUCCCCAGAUGGCCCAUCAGAAACGGUUCAUUGAACGGAAGUACAGACAAGAGUUGAAAGAAAUGAGGUGGGAAAGAGAGCAUCAAGAGAGAGAGCCAGAUGAGACUGAAGAAGCAAGGAAAUAAAAGGAGGGCACAGAAGCAGUGGCAUAUUUACUUAAUAACUCUGUGGCCUAUGGAGAUCUAACCUAGUUUCUUGCAGAUGAUGAAUGAAGAGUGCCUGUUGAUAUCAAAUAGAAAAUCAUAAUCUCUUCUUAAAAAAGUGUGUGUGUGUGUAUAGUUUCUUUAGUUUGGUUUUAAGUGCAAAGUUCGUUUGGCUUUUUAAUGAGAUUUGUUUUUAAAUCCUUUUAAUUUUUAUGAAAAGUUGUGGGAUUAUUUUUGUUAUUUUUACUGUCUUGUAUGAAGUAAUAAAGUAUUAAUUUCAAAAGC